AUGGCGGUAGGCAUCCUGUCCCGAAGAAAGUGUGGCCUCUCCAACUGCACAACUUGCUAUCUGGUGGCCAUGGCGACAGCAGAUCUAAUAGUCAUUAUGACUGAGAUUAUACUGAGGCGUUUUCGUUAUUAUUAUUACAGGAACAGUGGUUUACUCCUGCAUUUUCUGGACAUUACUCCUAUGUGCAGUGUUCUGUAUGUCCUGCAUCGUGCAGCCAUAGAUUGUUCCGUCUGGUUCACCAUCACAUUCUCCUUUGACCGAUUUGUAGCUAUUUGUUGUAGGAAGUUUGUAAUCAAAUAUUGCAACCAGAAAACUUCAUUUGCAGUGUUAGUGACAACCUGCAUUCUGCUCUGUUUCAAAAAUCUUCCCUUUUAUUUUAGAUUUGAAGCUAAAAUGUUAAUCAACAAUGUGCCAUGGUUCUGUUUGAAUAAGCCAAGCUAUUUUACUGACCCUGGAUGGAUUGGCUUUAAGAUUAUUGAUAAGAUUUUAACCCCAUUGAUCCCAUUCACUUUAAUUCUGUUGCUCAACGCUUUGACAGUCAGGCAUAUUUUACUGGCCAGUCAAGUCCGUGCGGCACUGAGGAGUCAGACUAAUGGACGGAAUUGUGGUGAUCCAGAGAUGGAAAAUAGAAGGAAGUCAGUUAUGUUACUCUUCACCAUAUCUGGCAGCUUCAUACUUCUGUGGUUUGUGAACGUUUUGUAUUUCUUUAAUAUUACACAUCACUUCGAUUACAAUUCUUUUUAUAUCUUUGAACAGUGUGGAUAUAUGCUGCGGAACUUGAACUGCUGCACAAACACAUUUAUUUAUGUGGUGACCCAGUCCAAGUUCAGAUACCAAUUGAAGAGUGCGAUGAAAUAUCCACUUAAAUCUAUUGUUCGUUUAAUUAACUAUCAGAAGCCUUAG